UGUGGCUCUCAAGGUUUUGCAAAUAGCUCUAUGUCGCGGAGAAUACUAUGUGUACAUAACGCCGAGAGCAUGAUCUGCACACACCAGUACAAUUGCUCUUUCCCCCCAGCUGUCUAUUAAUUCUGACCAUUUUUUCUUCAUAUUGACAGGAGAACAACGCUAUGUCCGACUUGGAGAAGUUACCAACUAUAGAGUCUUUGCAGGGCAUUAACUCCGCGUCUGGAAGCCAACAUAGCUUGUCUUACGAUACGCAGAAGACAGCAGUAGCCUUCGACCAGGAAAUACCGAAUGAACAAGCCUCUCGUCAGAAACCUCAGACACUUCUUAGUGAAGCACCAGAUGGAGGAAUGAGGGCAUGGCUUGCAGUUUUUGCUGCCGCAUUGGUUACAUUCUCUACGUUUGGUUUUUCAAAUUCAUGGGGUGUCUUCCAAGCGUAUUACGAGGAAAAUCUUCUGCUUCACACUCCACCUUCAACUAUAGCAUGGAUCGGUUCUACGCAGUAUGCACUCACGUACCUUCCGUCACUUGUGACGGGGCGACUGUUUGACCUGGGAUACUUCAAAAUACCGUUCUUCGCCGCUAGCUGCGUCCUCGUCGCGUGCACUUUCCUAACCGCGGAGUGCACUCAAUUCUGGCAGCUCUUCCUGACACAGGGUAUCGGCCUAGGAAUGGGCUGCGGUUUCGUAUUUAGUCCCGCAAUCGUCAUCGUGUCACAGUGGUUCUCCAAGAGACGUGGCCUUGCUUUGUCUGCCACCACCCUUGGAGCUGCCCUCGGCAGCAUCGUGUUUCCUGUAGCGGCACAAAAUUUGAUUCCGUUAAUUGGGUUUAGAUGGACAGUUCGUGUAUUUGGACUCAUGCUGAUGGCUGCAAUGGGGACAGCCAACAUAUUUCUUAAACGGCGGCUUCCGCCCGUCAACGUUCGCGGGGGACUCUUCAAUCUCAAAGCAUUCCGCAACAAAGCAUAUUCCACCUAUUGCGUUUCAGGACUUGUGAUACUUUUAGGUCUCUAUACAGAGUUAACAUAUAUCUCUGUGAGCGCCGUAGCAAUUGGCGUCUCGAAAGAUUUUUCAUUCUAUAUAAUUGCGAUUGCCAAUGCGGCAUCUGCGUUUGGACGUGUAUCAUCUGGGCUGUUGGGAGAUAAAAUUGGCGCACUCAACACCAUGGCAAUUUUCACUGCUAUCACAGGAAUCACGACAAUCGCUUGGCCAUUUGCUAAAGAUGAGCCCCAGCUUAUCGCAAUUGCCACCAUUCACGGAUUUUCCAUCGGAGCAUAUAUAACUCUGUACUCUGCAUCUGCCGUGGCAAUGGGGAAAAUGGAAGACGCAGGGCGUCGAGUGGGAAUGUUCAUGUCCAUCAUUGGUUUAGGAGGUAUUGCAGGUCCUCCAAUAUCGGGUGCGAUUAGUACCACGACAGGAGGGUUCGCUGCUGCGGGUUAUUAUGCAGGUGGCAGCAUUAUAUUUGGUGUCGCGUUGCUACUCGUGGCGCAGUACCUUCACCUUGGACGGCUAUGGGGCAAAUUUUGAAUGAUCAUUCAGCGAAGUGGUGUUGGGUUAAUGUGCUCUUGAUCGGCACAGGAGUGGAUGCGACAUGAUUCAAGCGUGGCGCCGAGCCCCAGUCACUCUUGUUAUAGUGUUAGCUUGUACAUUCAAGCUGGGUAGAGAACCUCAAGUUUUCUUG